AUCAGUACAAGAGAUUCAGCUUUUGAUUCAGAUGGAAGCGACAUCUUAUAGAAAUCUGAAAGCUACUAGGAAACAAUUCAGUUCAUAUUUUAUUAUGGUCUAAUAAGCAUGAUAGUAUCCACGUUUAAAUAGACAGAGUGCGAAUCGAAAUAGUCAGCUUUAAUUUUAUUAAAUUGACAUUCCGUGCAAUUUGAGUUUGGCACAACUAAACCGUCACCAUUAACAACACCGCCAUCAGCCGUAAAUCUCUUAUUAUCAAUCACAAGCCGUUGGAUUUAACUCAAUAACGAUUCGAUUGAUCCAUUUUAUAAUUACAUUUCAAUCUAGAGGAAUACUUAUUCUAGUGAACAAGUGAUUAAUUCUUUGUGAUAUUAUUUCCAAUAUUUCCAUGCAACAAGUGGUAAAAACAAUUUAAAUGUUGAAAAUAAAUCCAAUGACGUUGUUCCCAAUUGGAUCCAAUUUCAUUUAAAAGUCAACACAAGACAUGAUCAAUUUCGAGCAAGUUACUUAAACAAACAAAUGAGUCUUUCUUGGGUGAAAUUUCUGGAAUAAUAACAGCUACCAUCAAUCAGUAACAAUUAAAUUAAUUAGCUAACCAAAGUAAGAUUGGUUGGAUUAAGUAGCAGGGAAGAAGUUUGGAUCAAUCAACUGGAAACCAUGACAAGUUCAUCUACAUUUCGUUCUCGUUCAUGCAAGAUAAAAGAACCAAAUUUGAAAGAAAAUUCAUUGCAAUCAAAGCCAGAGAAUGAUUUGGAAUCGAUUGAAACUAAAUCGUCUUGUGAACCAAGCUCGACUCGAAUAAGCUGGAAGACAUCUAAAAUAUUUUCUCGAACAUUAUCAUCGAUUGAGGUAAUUCGAGCAAUGAAAAGUAAUAAACAAAACCAUCAGCAUCAUAGCCAAAGCAAUCAGCACAUUUCAGUUUCACCAACAAAACCUUCAGUAAUUGUGACUGCAACUGGUGAUUCCGCCAUAUCAACUUCAAUUUUACCGGCAUCAAAAGCCUCAUCUCGACAUGAAGUCACCUCUCACUCAUUAAUCAUCAAAGAUCAUCCAGAUGGAGCGAUAUUAUCGGAAAAUAAUGAAACAACUUCUGGAGUGGUGCGAACUAGAUCGGGUAACAGCAAAGCAGCAUCUGAAUGGAAAGUGUUGAAAAACAAGUUAUCCUCACUUCGUAAACGGUCAACUGGUUCAUCUUCAGGGCCACGAGGAGAUGGAGAGGAAAGUUUAUCAGCUUCAACCAGUCCUGGUCCUGGAGAUGGUGAAGGUGAGGGUCGUAGGUUAUCAUCAAACUCUCGAACUGGUUCAGCCAGGACAAGUCGAUCUGGUAGCCAAGAUGAGGGAAUUGUCUGUAAACGUGAAGAUUUGAUCAAUUUGUUAACAGAGGCAACAAAAGUAGCGAGUAGUACAACAUCUAUAACAGCUAAUUCACCACCACCACCGCCAUCAUCGACACCAACAUCUAUGACAACUACAACGUCAAUUAUUAAACCCUCAAUUAUGAAAUCAGAUCAACAAAAUAGUGAUACAUCACCCACAUCAAUUGGACCUCGUAAAGUAAUACUUAAAACAUCCUCUGUUUAUAAUAGUGUUGUCCAAGUAACCGGCGCAGAAAACAUUGACACAACUCGUAAAUUAAUGAAAAAGAGUGCUCUUAAGAAAAAUCCUGCAGCAGAUUCCAAUAACAACUAUAAUAAUAAUUCAAAUAAUAAUAACGCUACUCAUAAUAAUUGUAAUAAUUCUAGACCAAAUUCAUCGACAGGAGGAUCAGUUGACUCACAAGGUUCAGUUGAAUUUAUAGAGACUCGGAUUGUAGUACCGUCAAAACCAUCGCUCAAAUUUGAUCUGCCACAUGAAAAAGAGACUAGAAGUAGACAAACCAAAGCUAUUCAGUUCAAAGAAGCUGAUAACUCUCCAGCAGCAAUGACAACAACAGCAUCAUCGUCAUCAUCAAUUUUAACAUCUCCUUCAUCAUCAACCGCAGCAACAACAUUAACAAAGACUUGUGAUUCACAAAAUACGAUUGGUAGUGAUAAUGAAUUGACCGGAAAAAGUGACAAAAAGAUUCUUAUAGAAGCAGAUAAUCAAGAUUCAGAGUCUUCGCCAUCCGUUGCUGCUGUUAAAUGGGAUGAAUCAAAUGUUGUAGAUGCCAUGAUACUCGGUGAUGCUAUACAAGCAUUUCUCAGAGGAAUGGGUGGUUCUUCAGAGAAAACAGAAAAACCACCAGAAAAACGAGUUCUUUUCAAAAAGCUUUCCUAGUAUUAUUGUCAUCUAAUUUAUCCUUUUAUCAUUCAGUCCAUGAUCAUCCUUGAAUAGAAU